AUGGCAGCUGAGAAGGUGACUUCUCUGGGGAAGGAUUGGCAUCGGCCCUGCUUGAGAUGUGAGAAGUGUAACAAGACCCUGACAUCUGGAGGCCAUGCAGAGCAUGAUGGCAAGCCCUACUGCAACCACCCCUGCUAUGCCGCCUUGUUCGGGCCCAAAG